CUAUAACCACAAAUUGCAUACUUGACUUCAGCACAAGUAGAUUGAGUUAGAAAAUGGAGAGCUUGAUUCUGGUACCAGUGCAUCUCUUGCCCAACAGGAUCUCUCGGUUAACCUUAUUAGUUUCUUUGUUGUUCUUAGCAAUUCCAUUAGAAGCAGCCAACACCUACCCAAAAAAAUGUGGAAAUCUCAACCUCACAUUGCCCUUUGAAUUUGGCAGUCCCGUAAAAGGAAGUGGAUCUUCUAUAGGUGAUUACUGGUUUGACAUAAGACAUAGCAGCACUUCCUAUAGAACACCAACAUCCUUCAUAGGCGAAACUAGUCUUGAGGUACAGGUACAGGUUUCUUCAUUUAGCAAGGUACGCGUAAAUAACUCCAUUGUUUACGCUUAUAGUAAUUAUAGCUGCUACACUGAAGCUGGAGCGAAGAUGUUGCACGCAAGCUAUCUCCAUGCUGCUGCAAUCAAUUUGACAGAUGGCGCCCAGAUUAUUAGAACCUCCAACACUAUUACUGCAAACAAGUUCACAUUGAUAGGUUAUGAGUCAUUUCAUUUUGUAGGUUAUGACCCAUUAAUUUGCAGCAUCAACAGUACAAUGAUUAAUCAGGAAAGAAGAGCUUGUUCUGGUAUUAACUGUGGCCAUUCUUUCAUUCGAAGAGGCAUCAAGUCCUUUCUGAAAGAGGCAGAAAGUGUAGGAAACAUUACUUUGUUACCUAAAGGUUGGUUCAUGAGAACGAGUAGCAAGCCGCUCAGAACUGGGGUUCCUGUGUCUAUGGUAGAACACAUCAGCUAUGCGAGUCGUCGCACUCUACGGCUACCAGGCAGCUCCAGGUUGAAAUUAUCAGCUCAACACUCUCUAUGGUAUUCCAAUUCAAAAAAGGGAUUCCUUGUAUCAAAGGUUCGCGAAGUUGACACACAUAAAAAUCUGGAAAACCACAUGAAAAAGGACAGAGGUUUCAUUGCACACAUCAAAGUCUUUUGGGAAAAUUUCACUCUAGGUCUUGGCUUUUUUUGCUUGUUUCUUGUGUUUGGGAUCACUGGGAUAUAUUCCAGUGUGAAGAAACAAAAGUCAGCUAAACUCAAAUCCGAGUUCUUCCAGAAAAAUGGAGGGUUAUUGUUAGAGCAGCGUAUUAGUGCUGCAACCGGAGGAUGCACAAUCAUUUUUACAUCCAAGGAGAUAGAAAUGGCUGUUGACUAUCAUACGAAGAGUCACAUUUUUGGUCCAGGAGAGGGUGGAGUCGAUCGUUUCAUAGAUGAGAUUAUCACUCUUACCGGAAUCAACCAUCAAAAUAUGGUCAAGUUCUUGGGCUGCUGUCUAGAGACUGAAGCUCCCAUACUGGUCUAUGAACUUGCCUCCAAUGGGACCCUUUUGGACUACAUUCAUCACACCAAUGGGAAAAGAUCAUUGUCUUGGGAAACGCUUCUAAAGAUAGCCUCAGAAUCUGCAGCAGGUCUUAAUUAUCUGCAUUCUGCGUCAAUCAUUCAUGGAAAUGUAAAGUCUUCCAACGUUUUACUAACUGAUCGUUUCGUUGCCAAAGUUGCCGGAUUUGGACCUCCGAGGUUAUUUCCUACUAAUGAAUCCCAGAUAAGCACACUGCUGCAGAGGACACUUGGCUAUCUAGACCCGGAGUAUCUUCAUAAAGGUCAACUGACAGAUAAGAGUGAUGUCUACAGCUUUGGAAUGGUUUUGUUAGAGAUUGUAACAGGAGAGAAGCCAAUAUCAUUUGGUAGACCAGAAAGUCAGAGAAUCAUAUCUUCCCAUUUUAUUUCGUCCAUGGAAUUACAAAGUGGUCUCUUUCAUGAGAUUGUUUGGCCACAAAUUGUAAGAGAAGGAGACAGAGAACAAGUCAGAGCAGUAGCAGAGCUUGCAAAAAGGUGCCUCAAGCUGAGUAGUGCAGAAAGACCAACAAUGGAAGAAGUGGCCCGAGAGCUAAAGAGGCUGUCUGACAGCCACCAAGUACAAGUUGGCCGGCCGCCAUGACAUCAAAGGUUCUUUGGAGAUGAACCAGCCGGAGUGACUAGCUCAUAGAGCUCAGAUAUGGAUUUCCUUAAUUAGUUGUUUAAAUUUUAUUCAAACAAAGUGUCUGGCGUUGAAGUCUU